AUGGUGAAACUCAUUGACAUGGAUUUUGGAGGGUUUCCUAUUUUUGAAUUGAUAAUUUGUAGUAUUAAAUAUAAAUAGUAUUUGAAUCAGUAUUUAUUUAAUAAGACUUGCCCUCGUGUUCUGUACCAACAGUUCGUUUGCCUUUUUUAAGAAAUUAAAUCAAAACAAAAACUGCAUAGCAAACUUUACAAUUUUUUAAGGAAAGUUAUAAAUCGUCAUGUCAGAAUUAUUAGAUGAAGAAACUAACAUAUUAACAAGUGAUGAUUUUGAAAUCACUUCUAACUUUACCUCAGAGGAGUACGAACGCAGCAAUUGGUCAGAACGUUUGUGUUCCAUGGAAGAAAAAAACGAUUUUGAAGAAAGACAAAAAGUAUUUCAUAAAUUAUAUGAUUACAUUUGGAAUUUACUUUUCGGGACAGAUGCAACUUUGGAAACUCGCAAUAGAGCCAUUCAUUUACUAAUAAUGCAACGUUGUGAUGCUGCAUUUUAUGAACCAUACAUUUACAACGAUUGGAUUCGUAGUGUAAAAGCUGAAAUUAUCAAACGUGAAAUGUUUGAUUUUUGGGAAAAUGAAAUUGUUAAAAAUGAAUUGGGAUUGUUUUAUUAUAGAAAUUGUGAUCUUUUCGAUAUGGGAGAUGUUUCGGAUGUUGAAGAAUUUAAUGAGUUAUGAAUAAAGAUGAUAUACAUAGAUCUAUUUUACAAAUAAAUAAAACAAAAUAAGCAACAAGAA